AUGCAUUUUCUUCUUUUUCUCAUCGCUAUUUGGACGCUGAAAUGUGAGGCACAGCUUAAUUUCAUGUCAUUUCUCGAUCCGGAUAAAAUGGGAAGAAUGGUUCAAUUGGCACAGGAUUUGACAAGAGCUGCUGCUGGAGGAGUCGUCGCAAAUGAAAGAGAUUCUUUACAACGAGCCCGAUCCUCCCAAGAAGCCGUGAACCUGAACGCUCCUCCAUCCGAACUUUUCGCGCAAGGAUUUCAAAAUCUUAUGCUACCAGCAAGGCAGGGCAUUUUAAAUGCAUUGAGCGGGCAGCCAAUUGUCACUUCAACGACAACGACCACCACAACAACAACCACAACAACUAGAUCCUUCACUUUUCCAACAUUUUCUCCGUUUCCCAAUCCGUUUACACCGAAAUCCCCGAAGAAACCUGCGAAACGAAACCCGAAAAAUGCUGGAAAGAAGAAAAUCAAAAUUCUGAAGAAACCCCGUUUCAUAAACGAGUAUGAACCGGAAGAUUUCUCGAAGUCCUCCUCCUAUUCGAGUGAUUACAGUUAUGAGGAAUAUGAUGAAAGUCAAGAAAUCAUGCCAAAACCGAAACCAAAACCAAAACCAAAGCCACAGCAAUGGGGCAAAAAUCGAAAACCCCGAGCCCAAGCGACAUUGUUGCAAAGGAUGGCGAUGAGAACGACAACAACAACGACAAUUCCACCAGCCGAAGCUCCAUCAAUCGAUUCACAACCCGAAACAGCAAUCAUUGAACAGAAUCCAUUCUUGAGAUUAGCCCAGAGUUUCUUGAGAGGCGCUACCGGCUCGGCCACAGACAAUUCGGAUUCCGGUGUUGAGUUACGGCCGACAUUCAAAUCUCCGCCAAGACCCGAGCCCGUUGUACAGCCGGAUAUGAGUGGAUUGCAAGCUGUUGCUCGAGCUUUUAUGGGAAGUCCAUCAAGCGGAAACUCUCCAUCGUAUGCUCAAGGAGUGAACACAUUCGAGACAAGCGGAAUCGCCCGAAGUGCGCCGACGACUGGGACACAGAAAGAGCUUGGGGUGCUCGAUUUCAACAACAUGGCUCGGCUGGCACAAGCGUUUAUGGGCGGCUCGUCUCCAGCUCAACCAUCAUAUUCCGAAACUUCAGCUACAGCCACUGAACCCUUGAAUCUCUCACCACCGACCUCAUUCUCAGCUCCAUCAAAUCCAAAAAUCGGCUUAAUCAAUAGUGGUGCAAGAGCAUUGGGAACACCAAUCAGCGAAACGCCACAAGUGAGCCCUGGUUCGGCGAAUAUGCAAGCAAUUGCUCGUUUGGCUCAAGCUUUUCUCGGGAGUGGGAAUUCGGAAAGUAAAUUAGCGGCUCCACUGAUCGAAACACCGAGAUCUGAGGGAGUGCCCACGUUGACGGAAAAUCCAAAUCCACACGUGCAACAGAAGGCAAUUGAAGGAUUGAGAAGUGUUGCUGAAGCAUUUAUGGGCGGAGCACGAUCAGCAGCUCGAGACUCCUCGACAUCGGCUGCAACUGGUGCAAGAGGCGGGGAAUCCCGUUAUUCCCUUCCAUCAAUCAAAGAUUUUCUCCCAGGAGCUGGCAACAAUUUUGGAUUGCAAAGGGGUGAAGGUUGUCUCCCAUUUCUGUCAGAAGCCAUGCAGCUCGUCUACGGAAAUUGUCAACGCGAAGCCGAUCAAAAAGCCUUCGACACGUGGGGAAAUGAAAUUAAAAACGCGAUUCUCGAUGGAAGAAUGGAUUUGCUGAGAGCAAGCAAGGAAACCUGUAAACGAACGGUUGAACGACAACAGUGUGGAGCUCUACGAGAAGCGAUCUCUAAUUGUGAUAUCAUGGAAUCAUUGAAAAUCGGUUCUCAACUGCAACGAGAGGUGAAACGAUGUGAUGAAGUGACGGGAAUCAUCGAUCAAAACCCGAUGGCAGUGAUCUCUCAAGUUUCCCAAUUGAUGACCGGAGAGGUUGCACAGGGAUUCUUCAGCAAUUUCCUCAAGGGA